GCGUGAGUCUCAACCAGUCAGGAGUGUCAGUGUAGUGACGGCGAGUACACAGAGAGGAAAAUAUAGCUUCAGUUACCAGGAGUCUUGUUGACGUUUCUACCGUUUGUGUUUUGACGAGGAGGGGAUUCCUCUAGGGGGUUGUUUUGUUCGCACACUGACCGAGCAGCCGCUAAACAGAAGAGAUGCCUCACAAACAGAAAUCGCAGAAGUCCUGGAUGGAGGUGAAACAUCAAGGAAAUGACUGUUUCAAGAGGGGCCAGUAUGGAGAGGCCAUCAGUUUUUACAGUGAGGCCAUCAAAGAGCUGGAGAAAUCUAGUAAAAAGAAUCCAGAGGAUUUGGCCAUUUUGUACACAAAUCGUGCAGCCAGCAACUUGAAGAGUGGACAUUGUGGGGAGUGUGUGAAAGACUGCAACAUAUCUCUGGAGUUGUAUCCAUUUAACGUGAAGUCUCUGCUUCGCCGUGCUGCUGCCCAUGAAGCUUUAGAGCGAUACAGACAGGCAUAUGUGGACUACAAGACCGCUCUGCAGAUCGACUGCAACAUAACAGCCGCUCAUGAGGGAACCAACAGAAUGACAAAAGCGCUCACAGAGGCCGACGGCCCCUUGUGGAGAGAAAAGCUUCCUCCCAUCCCCACGGUUCCUCUGUCUGUUAGAGAGAAACUGACCCAGCAAACUGCAGCCAACACUGUCAAACCAAACCCAGCACCACAGCAGAACAACAUCAGUGAACCCAAACAGAACGCUCCCAGUGGUAAAGACCUUAAGAGAGCGCAGGCCCUGAAAGAGGAAGGCAACGGUCUGGUGAAGAAAGGAGAGCAUAAGAAGGCUAUAGAAAAGUACAGCCAGAGCCUCAAGUACAAUCCCACUGAGGUCACCACCUACACCAACCGGGCACUAUGUUACCUGUCAGUGAAGCAGUACAGAGAUGCAGUCAGAGACUGUGAUGAGGCUCUGAAGAUUGACAGCAGCAACAUCAAGGCUCUCUACAGGAGGGCUCAGGCUCAUAAAGAACUUAAGGACACGAAGGCCUGUGUGGACGACCUGAGUUGUCUGCUCAAAGUGGAACCAAAUAACUCUGCAGCCCUAAAAAUGCUGCAGGAAGUGCAGAGGAAGAAGUGAGGAUGCAUCAGGGAGUCUGGAGACAGCGGUAAGGAUCUGUCACUGCACUGUGAGGAGUGAGGAGGAUGUAUUGGUGGCUGUGUAGUCAGACGGCGUCAAAGUGUGCAAGCGGUGACACGAUUCAGUCACUUUAAGUCACAUUAAGACACUUCUGGAAAAUGUAGCCCUGGUCGAUGGGUGGAACUAAUGGACGAGUGCCUUGUUCAGCCUUGGGAAUGUUAAAGUUUAAAUGACACACAUCAUAACUGAUAAUAAACCUCAACUAAUAUUGUUUGUGAAGCUUAAAUGCAGUAGAUCAUUGAGCGUCAUGUGAUGCCUCUGCUUGACGAUACAAUCUUUGUUAUUGACCUUAAGUCGUGCAUAUGACAAAUGAUCUCAACUCACGGAUUGUUUUCUUUCUUUUUUUGCAAUUGUUUAUCAACAGCAUAACACCGGUUCAUCACAGAAUGUAACAUUAACAUACAAUCGCCUGUGCACAAUCUUAAAUAAUUGGGUCACAUGAGCUUCCCUUUGCUAAAGACGACAUCCCAAAUCCAUACCAUACUAUUCUUUUUGGCCUAAGUGUAGGGUUGGAUUUCUCUACUAAAUACCUGAAUCAAUUUCAUUCUCAUUUCCAAGGCCCUGAUUUAAUUUGAUAUGGAUUCAUUUAGAAAUAUUUCAGUUUCUAACAAAUUCUGCUUAGUCAUAAAACCUGAGCAUCAGCACUGACACUGGGGAAAAAAAAACAACUUCUUCACUCAAAUAACAGUGCUCUCCUGUGGCAGUACAACAAAACAGCUGUUCUGUAACAUUAGUGUUUUUCUGGGUGGAUCUAAUAUACUUUGAAGGUGUGAAACAUAGUAUAGGUAAUGUUGGAUUCUCCAUGAAACUACAAAGAGGCCUCGAAAUUGACAUCUUUUCAGUAGUAGUAGAAGCUGAUGAAAGUUGAGUGUAACAACAAAUUUCAUUAAAUCGUCACAUUACAUUCAACUGAAUAAAGCUAUGCGUAAGAAAAAUGGCAGUUAAUUUUUAUCUUUUGAGAAGCUGGAAAUUUAAGAAUAACUCUAGUUAUUUACCGAAUAUGAAACUGAUAUUCAAAUCUAGGUGCUUAAUUCUAUAUAAAUAUAACUCAUGGGUUGUAUUUUAACACAGGUGAUCAUUAAGGUUUGGUCUUUGAAUAACAAGUAAACAAGCUUUUUUUUUUUUUCUUCCCUCCACUCCACAUGCUGUUCUACACUCAGGUCACUCACUGAUUUAUGCUGCAGUUCCGAGGUUUGAGCUCAUGAGCGUUCUUUAUCAGUGGAUUGAUAUUUGAACCUGUUCAGACCUGCUAAUUAAACAUGCAUCCUGAGUGGUUAAUGGAAUACUUGUUAGGUCCAUAGAAUUUCAGAAAAUGUUGAAAAAUGUUGUUUCUAAAACCUGGAAAUGAUGAUAUUCUCUAACGUCUCGUUUUGUCCACAAACCAAAAUUAUUCAAUUUGAGUGAUUUCUUUGUUAUAUUGAGCAAAGAAACCAGAAAAUAUUCACAUUAAAGAAGCAAAACAAAGCGUGUUUUAAUUAUUAAAAAAACCCCACUAUAGUUGCUGAUUAAUUUAGUAUUAUUAUUUAAUAACACUCCCAAUCUGCCCUGUCCCCAUCCUCAGAUAGGUUUUUAAUUAGCACCUGUAUGUUGAUGUUGCCCUGCUCUAACACACCUGAUUCAAAUGAUCAUCAAGCCUGUUAACGAGCCAUUCAUUUGAAUCAGGUGUGUUGGAGCUGGGUCCUGGUCCCCGAAGACCAGGACUGAGAAACACUGAUUUAAUAGCAGUCCAGUUUCCCGUGAGUUUUUUUCUGUACAGUCAGACCCGCUUUCUGAAAUACAUCAGUUUGUUUUUGUUUAAAUAGACAUGACACCAGUGUGCAUUUGAAUAUGGGACAGCAGAAGCGAGAUCUUAUCAUAUGUGGCGACAGGAUGCAUUUUAAUGCCAGGUGUGAACAAUCAUACUUUAUCCUCAUGCAAUUAGGUCUCUAUGGGGCCUUUGUAUUCAUGCUGCAUUCAGGUCAUGAUGUGGAGUGAAGAGAUGUUUCUGACUUGUGAGCAAUCGCAUCAUGGUUGUGUGUAGAGUUAAUUGGAGUGGGGGGGAACAACGUUCAGAGGUUUUACAAGCGCACUUUGAUAUUAGUGACUGACAUCUUCAAAGUCCCAUAUGAAGUGAGUGCAGCAUCAAAUUCCCAGUGUCAUCCCCCACGCAGGGAGGGUUGGGUACUCUGAAAUGUGUUCUGCCUUUCUUUCAGUACUUGACUAUUAAAAUAAGCAAACAUUUUAAUUGUGUAGAAAGUCAAAACUUCUCUAUUUGAACAUUAAUAAUUAAGCAAUUAAUACGAGAUUCAAUUCUCAUAAUUUGGCAGUGAGUGCAGUACCCAACCCUUCAUACUAGUGAGGCUUCAUCCUAAACUACUGUUGGAUUAAACAUGAAGUGUUCUUACCUUCUGUCAGGUGUCCGUACUGACACAUGUCUGUUUACUUCCUCUAGGAUCAAAGUGUCAGUUUGAUUGUCUGACUGAAAGACAAACGUGAACCGAGUGAAACAGUCCUCAGGACGAGUCUUCAUGUCAUGUGUGUCGUGUUUUUCUGUUUCCUGUUAUUUCACUGAUUAUGAAAGUUUGCAUGCUACUCUGGAUUCAGUCUCUACAGUAUAUAAGUGUACGAGCCUGGGAACGUUGUUGAAACUUACCCGUUUGUUCACGUAGCACAGGUGAAUCAAGAAGCCACUCCUCACACCUGAGCAUCUUUAUACUGUCUCACCUUUUCUGUUCCUGUAACUUGUUUGCAUUGGUUUUUCCUCAUUAAACUGAACUUUAAAAUGC